AUGGAGAAAGUAUCUAAUUUACACCAUUUUCAAGUUGGAUUGUUUUAUAAAGGGAUUGAUCGACAACUUCAAGAGUUGAACAAUCAUUUUACAGAAGUGAAUACUGAGUUGCUCCUUUGUGUAGCUUGUUUAAGUCCAAGAGAUUCAUUUUCUGCAUUUGAUAAGGAGAGAUUGAUUCGUUUAGCUCAAUUUUAUCCUUCAGAGUUUUCUCAAGUUGAAUUAUUGACACUAAAUUGUCAGCUUGAAAACUAUUUCUUAGAUGUAUGCUCUGACAGUGAAUUUUCAGAAUUAAAGGGGAUUGGUGAUCUUUCUAUCAAGCUCGUAGAGACCAAAAAACAUGUUGUGUACAUGUUGGUAUAUUUGCUUUUAAAGUUAUCUCUGACAUUACCGGUGGUAACUGCAACAGUUGAAAGAGCUUUCUCUGCUAUGAAUAUUAUCAAGAAUCGAAUACAAAAUCGCAUGGGUGAUGAUUGGUUAAAUGAUUGCUUAGUUACUUACAUUGAGAAAGAUAUUUUUGUUGAUGUUGAAAAUAAGAAAAUCAUUCAACAUUGUCAGAACAUGAAAAAUCGUAGAGAACAAUUAUAA